UCCCCUUCAUUUCCAAUCCUUCAAUUGCAGGUAUGCUUGGUUUUUACCUUUAAAUUCUUUUAUUUUCUCAUUGUAUUAUUUAACGUUGGGUACACUAAGAGAGAGUUUAAAAUUGCUAAGAUGGAGAAACGCAAAUUUGUAAUGCUUUUGAUGAUCUGGAGCACUGCUAUCAUAUGUUGCAACUGCAAUAAUAUUCAGUGUCUACCCAAGGAAAGGCUUAUUCUGCUGAGAUUCAACACUGAGAAUGGCGGAUUAUUUCCCUCAUGGGAGGGGUUUAAUUGUUGUGAAUGGGAUGGCGUUGAAUGCAGCAAUCUUACAUCCCAUAUCACCCACCUGCAGCUCUCAAAUUUGGUGCUGCAAAACUCUUCGGCAAUUCACACUCUCCCUCCAUUGUUCGAGUUAAAGCAGUUGGAAUACCUGGAUAUAAGUUCCAAUGGUUUAACUGGUGUCAUACCCACAGGUAUAUCUGCGCUCAAAGAACUGAAGCAUCUGGACAUGAGCAACAAUUCUUUUGAAGGUGAGAUUCCAUUGCCACUGGGAAAUCUCUCUAACCUUCAAUAUUUGAAUAUUUCCAAGACCGAGAAGAAUAAAUUCAAAUGUUGGUCGAGUUUAGAGUGGGCGCGCAAUCUGCCAAGGUUACAGUAUUUGUCGAUGAGGUUUGUGGCUGUAACUAGCAGUGGUAAAGAGUUGGGGGGUUACAUAUCUUCUCUUCAUAAUCUGCACUUCCUAGACAUGAGGUACAGCAAAUUGACAGGCCCAAUCCCCACUGCUAUCCUAAAUCUCACAUUCCUCACACAUCUUGACUUCCACGGCAACGCCCUUUCUUCCCCACUUCCUCCAUGGUUAGGAAAUAUGACUAGUUUACAAUGGCUUAGUUUUUAUAAAUGUAAUUUGACAGGUCCAUUCCCCCUCACUCUCUCCACUUUACCUCAUUUGAAAUACCUCCGAAUGGCUGGAAAUAAUUUUUGUGGGAACAUAAGUGAAAUAUUAGGUAGCGGGUGGCCUGAGAUCGCUUACAUUUCUUUGUCAGGGCGCAGCAUACGCGGAAGUAUACCUCCUUCCAUUGCAAAUCUUUCCUCCCUCGCAAUUAUUAAACUGGAAGGAACCCAAAUUAGUGGGCCUAUUCCUACAUCUCUUGGUAGUCUCCCUCUUCUUGAGGAACUCAUACUCCAGGACAACUCCUUGACGGGAACGAUUCCUUGCUCGCUUACUCAACUUUCCAAGUUGACAAAGCUUGAUCUGUCCUUCAAUCAGCUCACUGGCAACUUGCCUUCUCAUCUAGGUGGGUUUUCAUCUAUCCGUAAACUUUUCCUCCAAUCCAACAUGUUGAACGGUGCAAUUCCUAAUUCUCUUGGGGAUCUCCAUCGGGUGAAAUGGAUUGACCUCAGCUUUAACCGCCUGCAAGGCAGAUUUUCUCUCCAUGUUUUUCAAAAUACCUCCAGUCUAUGUCGCCUCUAUCUUUCACACAACCAGUUGACUGUUCGUCUUGGUUCAGAUUGGGUACCGCAAAUUUCCUUUCAAGUACUGAAAUUGGCCUCCUGUAAUAUUGGAGGUUCUAUUCCUACAUUUCUUUCAACACAAUAUAGAUUAUUGGCUUUGGACCUCUCCAACAAUAGCCUUGUUGGAAGCAUUCCAUCCUGGCUUUGGGAUCUAAACGUUGGCCAAUCUCUCAACUUUUCAUACAAUGAUUUAGAAGGUCAACUUCCCCCCAUUUUGAAUACGACUUUGUUAACCUUAGACCUACAUAAUAAUAGGUUGAGUGGUCCUCUUCCCCUGCCCUCCCAGUCCCUCUUUGUUUUGGACCUUUCCUAUAAUGACUUUACGGGAGUCAUUCCCAGCCAAAUUGGUAUGCUACUUCCUAAUAUCCUGGUUUUAGGUCUUUCAAAUAACAAAUUAUCUGGCAAGAUACCAUCCAGCAUAACCAAUUGUUCAGCUUUGACAAGAUUGAACCUAGCAAAUUCUGGUUUGGAAGGAGAGAUCCCAUCCACAAUGGGAAGGCUGUACCAACUCCAGACGCUGCACCUGAAUGACAACAUGCUAAAGGGAAAUUUGCCACACAGCCUUUCUAAAUGUUCCAAUUUACAGAUAUUAGAUGCUGGAAAUAAUUUCUUGUCGGGGGAGAUACCAAGUUGGAUAUCAAAACUCUCACAGCUGAUGAUACUUGUAUUGAGGAAAAACAUCUUUACAGGAUCUCUUCCACCUCAAUUGGGCAAUCUCAGUCAUCUUCAUGUUCUAGAUUUGUCACAAAACAAUUUGACUGCGUCCAUCCCACCGGAGCUGGGGAAAUUAGUAGCAGGAAUGGUUCAAGUCGGAAGCUCAAAAAUACAGUCUAACAAUGGCACGCCAUCCUAUUACAAAGAAGAGGUUUCAGUCACCAACAAGGAAACCCUGUUGGUAUAUGUGGAUUCUAUUUUGCUACUUGUAACAUGUAUUGACCUAUCUAGAAAUCAGCUCUCAGGUAACAUUCCUUCAGCAAUAGGUGCACUUAGUGGCUUAGUCAUCCUGAAUAUCUCCAGGAACAAUCUUAGUGGAGAAAUUCCACAGACAUUUGCAAUGCUAGAGCAAAUAGAGUCACUGGACCUUUCCUACAAUAAACUGCAAGGCAAGAUUCCAGCAGAGAUGCAAAUUCUCAACUUCUUAGCUGUUUUCAUCGUCUCUAAUAACAGGCUUUGUGGCAAGAUUCCAAUAGAAGGUCAAUUCUCCACAUUUAACGCCCUCUACUUCUAUGACAACCCCUGCCUUUGUGGUUUUCAAAUUGAUAUCAGAUGCCCAGGAUCACCAGGCGUCAUUCCAGUUGGAAAAAAUGAAGAUGACGGAGAUGAAGAGGGAAGACAAGAUCCAUGGUAUUGGUAUGUUGGCUGUAUGGCUACCUUUGCUAUUGGAUUUUGGGGAUUGCUUGCACUUGUGUGUGCAAGGAGGACAUGGCGAGCAGGAUACAUCAACAUGUUAGAUGAAGCUGUCGUUAGCUUUUCUGAUUUAUUUACUAAGCAUUAGAAGGUUAUCCGAAGCAAAAUCAUGGAUUCAUCUCAAGAAUAGUGCUGCUGCUUCUUGAACAAAAGGGCAAGAUUUUAGUUUCUAAAUGUAGAAUGGCCAUGCAUAACUUGAGGUAAGUUGCAUUCAA